UCCUGUCCUCAGCUGACAGCUUCUCGGCAGCAACAACGCUUUUCAGGUUUCAGUGCUUACUAUAGAGGCAAGAGGGAGUAUGGUAGCAUGCUCAAUGUACGGUAGCGGCGUAUGUAAUCUCAGGGUUGUGGCACAGAUUGCUUAUCGCAGCGCGUAGUCUUUCGUACUUAUGAAAAAGUGUGUUGUGUGGUGAUACUAUCGACGGGCUCCAUACAAUGAGGACGGACAGCACCAUGGCCCUCGAAGAGAAGCUCCUAAACGGUCGGAGUAUGCUCGGGUUUGAGCAUACGCUGAUGUUCGGCCAGUACAAAGAGGAUCUGGGAGCAUUCGCCAAAUCGGAAGCACUAAGGCUUAAGACGCUCGAAAAACUACGAAGAAAGGAAGAACAACUGGACCAGAAAGAGUUGAAACCGUACAGGCCCGAAUGGCAGAGGAAAUGCUCAGACUUCUUAUCGAGUAUCUGGAAGCACACGUUCGCCCGUGUGGGCGAAGACUGGGUCUUCCUUAUCCUUCUAGGCGUUAUCUCAUCUCUUAUCAGUUUUUCCAUGGACUAUGGUAUUGCAAUCUUCCUCAAAACGCGGCGGUGGUUGCACAGAGACCUGACAGAUAACCUCAUCCUCAAGUACGUGGUAUGGGUCUUCUUUCCUGUUCUUCUCAUCCUCUUCUCAUCAGGGUUUGCCCACACAGUUGCACCACAAGCAAUAGGUUCUGGUAUACCAGAGAUGAAGACCAUUCUUCGUGGCGUUGUGCUCAAGGAGUACCUCACCUUUCGUACCCUGGUGGCAAAAGUGAUUGGGCUUACAUGUACCCUUGGCAGUGGUCUGCCUUUAGGAAAGGAGGGUCCUUUUGUUCAUGUGUCCAGUAUGGUCGCUACAGCACUCAGCAAAGUCAUUUCAUCUUUUAAAGACAUUUAUGAGAACGAGUCUCGUACGAGUGAAAUGCUGGCCGCUGCCUGUGCCGUGGGUGUCGCCUGUACCUUUGCCGCUCCUCUUGGAGGAGUUUUGUUCAGUAUUGAAGUAACUUCAGUAUUCUUCGCCGUGCGCAAUUACUGGCGUGGAUUCUUUGCUGCUGCCUGCGGAGCGUUAGUCUGGCAGCUGUUAGGAGUUUGGCUCAAAGAGCAAGAAACCAUCACAGCAGUGUUCAGGACCAACUUCCGCAUGGAUUUUCCUUUUGAUCUCAUGGAACUAGUGGUUUAUGCUGUCAUGGGGGCCGCAUGUGGACUUCUCGGUGCAACAUUUGUUUACAUGAACAAGAAGGUGGUCCUGUUCAACCGAAAGCACAAACGCAUGAGUGCCUUCCUUCAGAGAAAUCGCUUCUUGUACCCUCUCAUCAUUACUGUGCUCAUAUCAUCUGCCACAUUUCCCGAGGGGCUUGGACAGUUCAUGGCUUCCGAGUUAACAACUCACGAAGCAGUUCAUGAUUUAUUCACCAAUUUCACAUGGACGUCCAAUGACUUGGGUGUGGAUGAACAUGUCAUUGUCAACCACUGGGGAACUACAAAGGGCAGGAUAUUUCUUACACUUGCCCUCUUCAUAGUGAACAAUUUGUGGAUGACUGCGUUAGCGGCAACAGUACCUGUUCCACUGGGACUCUUCAUUCCAGUGUUCAAAAUGGGAGCAGCGUUUGGAAGGCUCGUAGGGGAGACAAUGGCUGUCCUGUUCCCCGAGGGCAUCCGAAUGGGGGAUAACCUCAAUAAAGUAAUUCCGGGAGGCUAUGCCGUGGCAGGAGCGGCUGCUAUGGCUGGGGCAGCCACACGCACCAUCUCCACAGCUGUCAUAGCCUUCGAAAUGACUGGCCAAAUGUCGCAUAUUCUACCUGUCAUGAUCGCAGUAUUAAUUGCCAAUGCUGUAGCUCAAAUGUUGCAGCCUUCAGUGUAUGAUCUCAUCAUUAAGUUAAAAAAACUUCCCUACUUGCCACCCAUUCUGUCGACGUCCUCCGAAGCUCACACCAUUUAUGUAGAAGACAUCAUGGUCCGUGACGUGGUCUGCAUAUGGCAGGGAGCAACAUACAAGGACCUCAAGAACUUGCUCAAGGUCAACAAGAGAGUCGGUUCUUUUCCACUGGUGGAAUCACCUGAUUCUAUGAUCCUGCUGGGUUCCAUUCCUCGUAUCGAACUGAUCCGGCUCAUGGAACUGCAGCUCGGUCGCUUCCGCAGGCUGCAGGAAGUGGCCCGAAGGCGUUCAAUGGACAUGACCGGCCGUAAGAGUCCGUUGGAGCAGCGUAGGCAGUCGCGCUUCGAGGUCGUUCCAGUCACUGGGAGUGGGAGGCCAUCACCACGUUCAUCACCACCACCUUCACCCCCACUGACACCAAAGUCCCCGAAGAAGUCAAUUUUGAAAGACUAUGGACUGCAGUCACCAUAUUCCACCAUUACUUCACAAGACUCAAGAUUGAGACAAGCAUUCGAAGUGAUUUUCCGCAAGUCUUUAACUCUACAAGAUGCCAAUCCAGAUAAGUCCGACGUGAGUGCUCCAAAUACACCAACAAGUACAAAAAGAGUACAGCUGCCUCGGGAACGGAUUAUUGACAUGUCUCCCGAAGAGCAACUGUCUUGGGAAGAGGAUCAGCUCACUCAAAUGGUGGACUACUCCCAGUGCCACAUAGAUCCUGCUCCAUUUCAAUUGGUGGAGAGAACAACCUUGCUCAAGGUACAUUCCAUAUUUUCGCUGCUUGGCCUCCAAAGCGCCUAUGUCACAGCAUUAGGGAGGCUGGUCGGUGUUGUGGCACUGAAGGAGUUAAGGAAAGCGAUAGAGAAGAUGAACAGUGGUGGUUUCUCCAAGUCAUCAUCUAGCAACCCCAGCGGUGAAUUACCCAACGGGAACGCCGGAGCGUACGCACCGUCGGAGACGCAAUCCGAAUCCGAAGACGCCGCUGAAUCCAAUCCGCCACGGAAGAAAUCGUCGCGCAAGAAGGCCAGUUCAUCUUCGAAGAACCAAAGUGACCCUGUUUGAAAAGAAAAAGAAUAAGUGAGGCAAUCGUUGAGUGAAUGGACUUGGAAGCAUCCAUUACUUUGCAUCAUGGAUAUAGAACUCUAGUAAUGGCUGCUGCAGGUACCUUAAAGGCACCUUAAGGACACAUUCCGGCGCCUUCGGACGGACUCUGUUAGCAUGUUACACUGUGAGUGUGUUGCUAUGUACGCAAGAGGAGUUAUUUUGUUACAUUGUGUGUAAAAACAAAAAAAAUGAUCUUUUUAUAUCGUUGAGUAUGAACAAAAAUACAGAAAUGUUUCCCCA